AUGGCUAAAUGUUUUCUACCUCUUAUUCCUUUAUUCUUGAUUGUUCUUCUUCUUGCCGUCGCCGUUUCAGAAUCCAAAGCAUACUCAACAACAACGCCGUUCGAAGGACAUAAGCCGGAGAAACUCAGCCACCUCCACUUUUACUUCCAUGACGUAAUCACUGGCGACAAACCAACUGCCAUAAGAGUCGCUGCCCCCCCUGGAACAAACUCCUCCGCAGUCUCAUUUGGUGUGGUUAUGAUCGCCGACGACCCGUUGACAGAGGGACCAGACCCGAGCUCGAAGGAAGUCGGGAGAGCUCAGGGGAUGUAUGUUUCGACGGACAUGAACAUGUUAAGCUUCACAAUGGUCUUUAACUUGGUGUUCACGGAAGGAGAGUUUAACGGGAGCACCAUAGCUAUGUAUGGACGGAAUCCGAUAAUGUCGAAGGUGAGGGAGAUGCCGAUCAUCGGAGGCACCGGGGUGUUCAGGUUUGCUAGAGGCUACGCACAAGCCAGAACUUAUAAACUUGUUGGUUUAAAUGCCGUGGUUGAAUACAAUGUAUUCAUUUGGCAUUAA